AUGAGAUCAUUACUUUUAAUUUUUGGAAUUGUUUUAUGUGUGCUUGCUAGUUCAAAAGGAGUAAAUGGAGAAUUAUAUUUUGCAUCUUUAUCAAACUAUGGAUGCUCUGGAAGCCAGAAGAAGAUAGCGACAGCUUUAAAGGCUCAAGCAGAAAAAACUCCAUUCUCUCUCUUAGUUAGUCCUGGUGAUAACUUUCCAGGUGGAAUUGAUUUCAAGAAUUGUUUUGAGAAUGUUUAUUCAGAAAAAUCUCUUCAGAUCCCAUUAUUUGCAUCCAUGGGUCAAGCUGAUUGGGAUAAUGGAAAUGCUUACGGACUUUUGAAGAGAAAUAAUGAAACUUAUGAUAGCAAUAGUGAUUUUUUCCCAAAAUUCAGCUUCCCAAAUUACUUCUAUCAUUAUGUUGCACACUAUACUGAUACUUCAAAUGUAUUAUCUAGAAGAGAUGGUACUGUUCUAUUUGUAUUUAUUGACACUUUUAUUCUUUCAAGUUCUUUCCCAGAUCACAAAGUUUCCGAGCAAGCAUUUCAGAAUUUGAAUGCAACCUUACAUUAUGGACAUAAACAUCAUGAUUUUACUGUUGUAGUAGGAAACAAAUACUUGGCUUCUUCAUAUUCAAUUGAUUCUUCAUUGAAGAAAGUUCAACAACUCAUUUUAGAUACUCAUGUUGAACUUGUAAUUAGUGGUCAUAAUAGAGGAACGUACAAUUCCACUAUUGAAGGAACUACUUUCUUGAACUGUGAUUCUUAUUGUUCAUUUAAAGUUGAUGGUAGUAAGAUGGUUCCAUAUAUAAUUCAACAUGGUAAUCAAGUAGAAUUAUCAGCAAUUAAUACUCAAUUGCCAUCACCUCUCUCGUUCCAAGGUAUUGCUGGUGACGAAUUACCUGCAUUAGAGAUGAUUGAAUUGUCAUUUAAGAAAGGAGCUAAACAUUUAUCACGUAAUGCUUUCCUUAAGACUAUUGGUACUGUAGGACUAAUGAUCUUAGCAGCUUGUGUGGGUUCAUUGAUUGUUAACAGAAAGUAA